AGCAAACGAACACGAAAGUUGUAAUCACGAGCGCACGUCACGCCAUUUUCGGACUGCUCCCCGCCCGCGUGAGGGACCAUCGGGAAUCGUGUUAAAGUGCAAACAUUUUUAGCAGCAAAAAGCAAUAAGCAACUUCAAGUGUUCGACAUCUUGUCGCACACACCAGCGGCACCCACGACCCCCCACACUGCGAGAGCAGCAACUACGUCGCACGACGAUUAUUUAUUGACCCCAAAGCACCAUUCUGAGGAGCCGCAGCGCAACAUAAACAUACGACUGCGGCCGCAAGGGUCCGGGGCCCCACGAAGAAAGUUAAACGUCAUUCUCUGGGAUCCUGUGUGCGUUCACGGCAGUGAGAGUGUAUGUGUAUGUGCGCGCGCUCAUGUGAAAGAGAAAGGAGCACACACUCUGUUGGUGUGUCCGGCCGUCCUGUGCGUCUGCGGUGGUGGUUGUGUUUGUUUGUCGUCGUCCCGAUCUGUCAGUUGGCGAUUAUCUACGUGAGACGAGCAAAAAUCCCGAGUGAAGGUUUCGCUGGCUGGCUGGUUCGUAGCUCCAAAACGCAUCUAGGUAAACUGUGUGGAAAGUGCACACCCGCCGCGGAAUCUGGAUUAUCGAGCGAAGAAUAGUGGCUUAAUGUGGAAACAGUGAAUGCGGGCGAUUAGUGUGACAAACGGAGAAAUAACUCAGGUGCAGCGGAAGAAGUAUCCCCAUCGGAAGGACACUUUUUUCAAUCCCUCCAUUCUGCCAGGGCUGGAAGGAUCUGCUAGGCCCCCAGUUCGACAUAGCCACCAAUCGGUGACCCCAUUCUAGACGUUCCUUUCUCCGCACCGCCACCAUCGCUGUGCCCUUCCUGUACCGUGUGUGCCUCUAGGCGUGGAGAGGAGGCGCUAGUGCCCCUUCGACACCCCAACUAUCGCACCAUCCUUCUCCGGCGUGAUGGCGUGCCUGAACACUCUGAAACUUGAAAUAAAAACACUCGAGCAGGUCUUCCCCAAGAACCAUGAACGUUUCCAAAUCCUCAACGCGACCGUGGACGAGCUGAGCUGCCGUUUUAUCGGGCGCAACGGCAAGCAAUACGUAAUCCAUGCCAACAUUACGGAAACAUACCCAUCAACACCGCCAGUAUGGUUCGCAGAGAGCGAGGACACAAGCAUAAGCAACGCUGUACAAAUACUUACGAACACUAAAGGUUUAGAUAAUCAUGUUAUAAAUCAGGUUCACAUACUACUACGCGAACUCUGCCGGCAGCACACGGUACCGCUACCUCCAGACCUGGAAACGCUCAAAAAGGCCUUCCAACCGAACGGCGGGGCCGUCCUUCAGCUUCAGGCCGCCCAUCAGCAGCACGGUAUGCCACCUCAGCAGCUCCUUUCGCCGCACCAACAGCUGCAAAUGCAGCAGCAGCAACAGCAGCAAAUCGAAGAGAUUGACUCGGACUGUGAUGAUAUCGAAGAUGUUGUGGGCGAAAGCGAUCAGGAGAGCGAAGGUGAAGAGGAUUUACCGCUCGAAAUGGACGAUGGUCGCAGCACAGCAAAGAAAGACGAAAUGGAGGUUGAGCACCUAGCCACACUGGAGAGAUUGAGGCAAACGCAGCGACAGGACUACUUGAAGGGUUCCGUGUCCGGCUCGGUGCAGGCGACCGACCGAUUGAUGAAAGAGCUACGUGACAUCUACCGAUCGGACUCGUUCAAAAACAACAUGUACUCGAUAGAGCUGGUGAACGAUUCGAUCUACGAGUGGAACAUCCGCCUGAUGUCCGUCGAUCCGGACAGUCCGCUGCACAACGAUCUGGUGUUGCUGAAGGAGCGAGAGGGCAAGGAUAACAUACUGCUGAACAUUAUCUUCAAGGAGACGUACCCAUUUGAGCCACCGUUCGUGCGCGUUGUGCAUCCGAUCAUAUCCGGGGGCUACGUACUGGUAGGUGGUGCAAUCUGCAUGGAACUGCUCACGAAGCAGGGCUGGAGUUCGGCCUACACGGUGGAAGCGGUCAUCAUGCAAAUCGCGGCCACACUAGUCAAGGGCAAGGCGCGAAUACAGUUCGGUCCAACCAAGUCUACUUCGCAGGGCCAGUACAGCUUAGCUAGAGCGCAGCAGAGUUUCAAAUCGCUCGUACAAAUACACGAAAAGAACGGUUGGUUCACACCUCCGAAGGAGGACGGUUAAGCGGAAGGAAACAGCAACAACAGCAACGCGUGCGCCGCUGUUUGCUGCUCGGCGACAAACGAAUGUUGCCAUCGAAGCGAAGACGGUCGAUCGGUUGAUGAUGAUGAUGGUUGUGUGACGAUGACAAUGAUGGAUACAAUUACGGAGAGGCUGAAAGUCGGCAAGUUCUAUUGGAGAAGCGUCGUCGA